CCAAGCCAAAGGUGCAUAUAGCGUAUGCAUCUCCGCUUUGGUUUCCUCGGCUCGCUGGAAGUUAAUAAUGUCCUUGCUUUUGAAUGAUCUCUCCAGUUCUUCCUCUAACUCACGUUUCAGCAUCUGAUAAUUUUUUUAUUUUUGACGUUUGAUUUCAUGAACGGAGAUGAGAGAAAACGCAGAUUCAACGAAGCUAUCGUUAACAUGCUUUAUCAUCCCUCACCGACGACUCCUCGACUUGAACAAGAGUCGGAACCUGUGGAAGCCUUGAUCGAAGGGUCUGGUUCUGAUGUUAUUUCAGGCACUUUGGAUGAGUAUGAGAAUGCCACGACGAGCGGCGACGAAGAACAAGACUCUGAGACGGAGAGGCUCACAAGGGCUCAACGAAAGAGAAUUCGUAAGAAGAAGCUGAAGGAAGAAGCCACCCGUCGCGGAAGAUUAAUUGGGCCGCUUUUGUCUCUGACACCCACAACCACCACCCAGUGUGGCGAUCAUGUUGCGGAGGAUGCUCCAGGUGUUCGAUCAAAUGCUUCUGAGGAAGGUGAUGAGCUGGCUUGUGCUAACUCGAAGAAAAUGAAGCACCGGAGGAUGGCAAAAAAGCUGGCCAAAGAAAAGCGAAUUGCCCCUACUUUGGAGAACUGCAAUCAAAGUUCCGGUUCAAGUUCUGCUCUUGACCUGAGAGAAGCCCGUAUAUAAGUGUUUGGGUGUAGCUUGAGUCCGUGAAUUUAUAAAAUUCUCAUUGGUAUGUAUUGUAGACUACUGUGCAGCGUUAAGCUCGUACUUCACUGAUCAAAUUUUUUAGUAUUUUGGAUUGAAUGGCUGUAUUAAACCUUGAUUAUGCUUCUUGUUAACUCUAGAAAUUCGCUCGGUUAAAAUUU